AUGAGCGAACGCCACAGCAAGAACAGUAAGAAAUCCAACGCCGAGCGACAACGGGAGGUGGAUCGUCAACUCGAGUUGAUGAAGGCGGCGAUUGGAGAUGAUAACUUUGAUAGCGACAGUGAAUCAGACAGUGAUGAUUCUUUGGAACAGCUCAAGGAACGUUCUGGUAGUAGUAGUCGCAACGCUGUGGAAUCCGCUCGCAAAUUCUUGUGGGACGAAGCCGAUGACGAAGAUGAUGCCGUCUUGUUGGGUGGUC